UUCUUGACAAUGGAGAUUUUGGAGUUCUUCAAUAUUGACAUGAACAAGCAGGAUAGUAGGGGCUACACACCCCUGCAUCGUGCUGCUCAUCGGAACUUUUGAGAUAACGUAGCACGCAUGCUGGCAAGAACCAGCUGUGUUAUGAAGAAUAGCAGGCAAAGAGACGACCAUAUGAGAGUCGACUUUGAGAUAUAAUGGACAACCAGUGGAAAAGAGCUGACCAGGUCAGAAUGCCAGUCAGCAUUAUUUCAAGAAUAAUUAAAAAGAAGAGGAAGAAUGCCUGCCGAGAGUACCUGCUUGCCACACGACAUGACAAUAAUGAAACUGGUAGGGAACAAAAUAAAAUUUUUGAAAAAUAUUGUGUUAAAUUUGACAGAGAGUCAGACACCUUUGAAUUCCCUGAAGAGGAGUUUAUCCAACCGCUUCAACACAGAUAUGCUAAUUGAAGGGACAUCACAUCAAAUGAGUCCUUGACAAAGUCAUGGGACAUAAUCCAGUUCCAAGACGAAUAUCAGGUGGAAGACUCCAGGAACAGGAUGAUGCUAAAGACUAAAAGUAUGAGCAUGACGCCUCGAAAUCACCCUAUAAGGUAUCAUUCCAUGAUUCCUCAUAAAUUAUGCAUCAAUUUGAGGAAAAUAGGGAAGAAAGUUCAGAUGCCUAGCCACCAAAUUACCAAUAUUAGCGUUAAUUGUCCAACUGAAUCUGACGAUUCUGAAGAAAAUUCAUAUAAUGUAAAAGGGAGGAAUUCAGAAAUGGUUAAAAGAAAGUCACCUUUAUUCCGCAAUGCGAGUGAUAAAAACUGAACAUAUAGCAGUAAUAAGAAGCAUGAAAAGCAGCAUCUUAAGACAAGGCAGAAGAAAAUUCUCAGUGGAAAAGCUAUCGAGCUCCGAUUGGACAAAGUAGCGCAAAAGGGAUUUGCCAACAAGCCCAAUGGGAGUAACCCAGUUUUGGAUGAUAUAAACCUAUCUCCACAAGAUGCAGAUUCGUAUCUUAACGAGUAUACUCUCUCCGAAUCAACCCCUCCAACGAAGAGAAUCAGUGAGAUCAAAAAUAUUGGGGAUGUUAUCAGGAGUUCACCAGUCAGAUUUGAGCCUAUAGCUCAAAAGCGCACCCCUCUGAUUAACCAUCCAAGGAAAAGCAGCAAAUCUUUGAGAAAAUUCCCUGUUGAAGGUCAAGGCAAAUGUAAAAAGUUGAAAAACUUCACUCUUGAUCAAUAUUACAAUAAGUUAAAUGGGUUAUCAAAUGAUCUCUCAGGAACAACCAAAGCUAGAGACCAAACCGAGCAAGAUGUUUCUAAUGAUUCGGGAGAUAUGAUUACGCUAACGAAUUUCAACUCAAGAGUGUCUCAGAAGCAUCUUCGGAACCCGUUUACUACAACAUCCAAUUCUAGAAAAAACUCGAAGAAUGUAUGCACAAAUUCUUUAAAUAGCCGGACUCCGGAACUAUUGAUCUCACAGAGCUUCUCUAAAAGGCUACGUGAGUCUUAUCGAAAAUUAAACGAGUCUAAAUGUAAAAUCUCUAAGGAGAAUACAGCUGGCCCUUUCAUGCUUGCAGAAUCGUUAAAGAAAUGAUCCAUAUUUGAUACACCAUACAAAGAAAAGUGUAUUUCAAAGAAGAAGACUUUAAAUUGUUCUAAAACUCCUUAUAAAAGUGUGAAGAACAAAUCCCGGUUUACUAUGAACAGGCAUGACCGGGCCAAAGCUAUUGGCUCGGCUAAGAAGAAGUCAAGAUUUAGCUAUAUACCUAAGAAAUGAGUUAAUCUCGGAAGGACGCCUAUUUCAAGCUGUAAUAAACUUGUUUAA